UUUUGGGGUUUCUGUUGAAAAUAGAUGAAGAAGAGAUGUGGUUAGGUAAAGAAUAGAAAGAAAGUAGAUCAGAGAGCUACACUCAGUUCUCGAAUAUUCCAAUUUGGAUCAUAGACGGCGAUAAUCCGCAGCAAGAAACGCGUCUUUGGAUUUUCCUCUGUUUUCUUCUUCAAAUCUUCUUUCCCACAUUUACCCUCUUCCAUUACAGACCAAAAAAAGUUAAAAAACCACAAAAAGAUCGAAACCAGAUAAACAAAAGAAGCGGUUUUUCCAUCUAAAAAACUCCCUACCAGCUGGAUUUCCCACUCUUCUUUCCUUUCCAGAAAUGCCCAUUUCGUAAAAACCCUUCUAAAUCCAUAAACGUUCACCCCCAUUUCCUCUCCUAAACCUAACCCUCUUCCAGUCGAAGGUCAGCCUAAGUUUAUCUUAGGCUUUUUCGAGUUGAAUAUUUUCAUCCCCCGUUUAGCCUCGGUUCUACCACACUUCCGUGGAAGUUGGGUGUGUGGGGGAAAAUCAUUGAAGUCACCACUAUCUAGGUUUGGUCAAGCUUUUAGUUCUAAUAUGGCCGCUGAUCCUUUGACAAUUUCUAAUGGCAUUGCCAAUGUCAAUUCACUACCUGAUCCACGGAGGACUUAUCAAGUUGUUGUAGCUGCUACUGAAAAUUUGGGUAUCGGUAAGGAUGGGAAAUUACCAUGGAGGUUGCCUUCUGAUCUCAAGUUUUUUAAAAACAUAACCACAACAACAUCAGAUCCUGGGAAAAGGAAUGCAAUUCUAAUGGGUCGUAAAACAUGGGAGAGUCUUCCUGCCGAGCAUCGACCACUACCUGGUCGCCUGAAUGUUGUUCUGACUCGUUCUGGAAGUUUUGACAUUGCAACUGUUGAAAAUGUUAUAAUAUGUGGUAGUAUAAUGUCUGCUUUGGAAUUAUUAGCAGCUUCUCCUUACUGUUUGUCAAUUGAGAAGGUGUUUGUUAUAGGUGGUGGUGAAAUAUUAAGGGAAGCUAUGAAUGCCCCUGAAUGUGAUGCUGUCCACAUUACUGAAAUUGAGACAAAUAUUGAAUGUGACACCUUCAUACCAGCUAUUGAUAAGUCGAUGUUUCAACCAUGGUACUCAUCUUUUCCUGUGGUUGAAAAUAACUUGCGAUAUUCGUUUAAUAGUUAUGUUCGUGUGAGGAGCUCAGCUGAACUUCCCAUUGAUCAGAACAAUGGUUUGGUCUCUCAUAACAAGCCUGACUUUUCUAACAUUGAAGCUAAGAAGUUUUCUUUCCUACCUAAGGAGAUUUUCGAGAGGCAUGAGGAGCACUUGUACCUAAAACUUGUUCAAGAAAUCAUCUCAGAUGGUAUUCCUAAGGAUGAUAGAACAGGAACAGGUACUUUGUCAAAAUUUGGUUGCCAGAUGCGGUACAACUUGCGCAAGACUUUUCCACUGCUUACAACUAAGGCAUUAUUCUGGCGAGGGGUGGUUGAAGAACUUCUUUGGUUCAUUAGUGGUUCAACCAAUGCAAAGGUUCUUCAGGAGAAAGGCAUUCAUAUAUGGGAUGGCAACGCAUCCAGAGAUUACCUCGAUAGUAUCGGUUUAAGAGAAAGGGAGGAAGGUGACUUGGGACCUGUAUAUGGGUUCCAGUGGCGACACUUUGGUGCUAGGUAUACGGACAUGCAUGCUGACUAUACUGGUCAAGGAUUUGAUCAGUUGCUAGAUGUUAUUAACAAGAUAAAAAAUAAUCCUGAUGACCGGAGGAUCAUUCUUUCUGCAUGGAAUCCAUCUGAUCUCAAACUGAUGGCACUUCCUCCUUGCCACAUGUUCUCUCAGUUUUACGUUGCAAAUGGGGAGUUAUCAUGUCAAAUGUAUCAGCGUUCUGCUGACAUGGGCCUUGGUGUUCCAUUUAAUAUUGCGUCAUAUGCUCUUCUGACUUGCAUGAUUGCUCAUGUUUGUGGUCUUGCUCGAGGUGACUUCAUACAUGUGAUUGGAGAUGCUCAUGUUUACCGUACUCAUGUGAGGCCAUUGCAGGAACAACUUCAGAAACUUCCCAAACCCUUCCCUAUUUUGAAGAUAAAUCCCGAGAAGAAGGAUAUUGAUUCUUUUGUGGCAGAUGAUUUUGAACUAACUGGUUAUGACCCUCAUGUGAAGAUAGCAAUGAAAAUGGCAGUAUAGAACUUGAUCUAACUGUCCAGCAAACAAAGGAAACUCAGUUCCUUUUAUCACAAUCUCCAAAUUUUGAGGUACAAGCAUCAGAGCCUAAUUUGGUUGAUAGGGUCUGCAAAUAAAAAGUGCUAAUUGGAUAUACUUUAUACUUUAUCAUGUGUAGUGAGAAUCCUUUAGUCCCUAUGGUUGGGUCUAAAGUGAUUUAGUUCGGUUUUGUAUUUGCUAUAGCUUUCUCUCAUUGGAAAAUGGAAUGGUUUCACACACUUGAAUGCACGGUCAUGACUAUUACAAUACCGUGCUACAUACAAAUAUAAUGUAAGCUCGACCGAUCAUUCUCGAACUUCAUCUGGUUUUGAAAGGAUGGUGAAUUUGAUA